CGCAGGCGCGGGGAGCGCUGGGAGCGCGCCGUGCCUGCGCAGUUGCAGGGGUGGGCGCCGCCGGGACGCGACCCUGGAGGGCCGGCCCUGUGGAGUCAUCGUUGUUAUUUGCCUCAUUUGACUGUUGAGGAAGCUCAGGCCCAGAGAAGACAGGGAGCAUGUCUGAGGUCACACAGGUAGCGGGUGGCAGAGUUGGAAGCUGAACCCAGACAGCCUGGCGCCAGAUGGAUGCCCUUCCCUGUGGGCCUGUACUGCCUCUUCCUGCAAACCCUGUCACUUUACACGCAUACGAGGACGUCUGAAGACAGAUACCAGAAAUGCGGUUACUGGGUUAAAGGCAGUGCUGAGUUCCUUGGAGAAAAUUAUUUUGUGGACAAGAAUCGUGCUCCUUCACCUUGGGGUGCGUGCCAAGGGCAAACCGCCAUGAGAAACCACAGGAUGGAUGCGUUGCCACUUCCUGGAGCAAUCCAUUUGACUUGAGGAAUCAGAAGGGAAGACUCUGAUUCUUUUCCCGUAUAGGUCAUUACAGAGUAUUGAGUAGAGUUCCCUGUGCUAUACACCCCACCUUCUCAGCACUCUGCCCCUCUCCAAAUUGAAACCCUCAAGGGGGAGGAAAGGAUGCCUGCUGCACGCGGGAAAUCCAAGUCCAAGGCACCAGUCACAUUUGGGGAUUUGGCCAUCUACUUCUCCCAGGAGGAGUGGGAAUGGCUGAGCCCCAUUCAGAAGGAUCUGUAUGAAGAUGUCAUGUUGGAAAACUACCAGAACCUGGUUUCUCUCGGACUUUCCUUUCGGAGGCCAAAUGUGAUCACCUUAUUGGAAAAAGGGAAAGCACCCUGGAUGGUGGAGCCAGUGAAAAGACGCGGAGGCUUGGACUUAGGGUCUAAAUGUGAGACCAAGAAGUUAUCUCCAUAUCAGUGCAACAAAUCUGGGCAAAGCAUCUAUCAGAAACCAGUUUCUGCACCACAAAAAGUUCCCACAGGAAAGAGAGGCUGCAAGAAAAAUUCAGUCCUAAUAAAACCCAAGAAAGUGCAUUCAAAGAAGAAAUCUCUAAAAUGUAACUACUGUGGGAAAUUCUUUAGUCAAAGCUUAGCUCUUAAACUUCAUCAGAACUCUCAUACUGGAGAGAAGCCUUAUGAAUGCAGUAAUUGUAGAAAAGCUUUCAGACAGAUCUCAUCCCUUAUUCUUCAUCAAAAAAUUCACAAUGGAAGGAGAAGCUAUGAAUGUGAUAAAUGUGGGGAAAGCUUCAUUCAAAGAACAACCCUUAUUUUACAUGGGAAAAGUCAUGAUGAAAAGGAAAUCUUUGACUGUGGGAAGGCCUUGAGUCAAUGCCAAUCUCUCAGUAUACAUCAGAAAAUCCACCUUGUCCAAAAUGUCUACCAGUGCAGAAAAUGUGAGAAAGCCUUCAUUCGAAUGUCAUCUUUUUUACUUCAUAAGAAAAUUCACAAUGGAAAGAAAAUACAUAAAUGCAAUAAAUGUGGGAGAGGGUUCGGUAAGAAAUCAGUCCUUGUUAUACAUAAAAGAAUUCAUACUGGAGAGAAGACUCAUGAAAGUGAGAAGGCCUUAAGUCAGAGUUUACAGCAGAGAAGUCACCGUAUAGAGAAUCCUUAUAAAUGCAGACAAUGUGGGAAAUCCUUUAAUAGGAUUUCAUCCAUUAUGCUUCAUCAGAGAAUUCACGCUUCAAAGAAACCCUACAAAUGUGAUAAAUGUGAGAAGAUCUUCACGCGGCUUUCAACCCUUACUCUACAUCUAAGAAUUCAUAAUAGAGAGAAACUAUACAGAUGUAAUAAAUGUGAGAAGGUCUGCAACCGGCAUUCGUCCCUUAUUCAACAUCAGAAAGUUCAUACAAAGAAAAAGAAGCUGUUUGAAUGUAAGGAAUGUGGGAAGAUGUUUUCUGGAACUGCCAACCUUAAAAUACAUCAAAACAUUCAUUCUGAAGAGAAACCUUUCAAAUGCAAUAAAUGUAGUAAAGUUUUUGGCCGCCAAUCAUUUCUUAUUGAACAUCAGAGAAUCCAUACUGGAGAAAAACCCUAUCAGUGUGAGGAAUGCGGGAAAGCCUUCAGUCACCGAAUAUCUCUUACUCGACAUAAGAGAAUUCAUACUGAAGAUAGACCCUAUGAAUGUGAUCAGUGUGGGAAGGCCUUCAGUCAGAGUGCACACCUAGCCCAACAUGAAAGAAUUCACACUGGAGAGAAACCAUAUACAUGCAAAACGUGUGGGAAGGCCUUUAGCCAACGCACAUCCCUUAUUCUACAUGAAAGAAGUCAUACUGGAGAGAAACCCUAUGAAUGUAAUGAAUGUGGGAAGGCAUUUAGCAGUGGCUCAGAUCUUAUUCGGCAUCAGAGAAGUCAUUCUUCAGAGAAACCCUAUGAGUGUAGUAAAUGUGGGAAGGCAUAUAGUCGGAGCUCAUCCUUGAUUCGACAUCAGAAUACACAUUCUGAGGAAAAGGCUUAAGAUUGUUUUAAAUAUGUAAAAGCUAAGAGGGAGGCUAGCAGAGUAGCAGAGACAGAGGCAUGGGAAAAUGCAUUUGUCUGUAACAUAAAUUGUGUAAAAAUGGGACAGUUUAAUGAUGUGUCCCACUUUGAAAGCCAAAGAGCAAAAGUCAUUGGUGAUUUUGACCUGAGGAUUUGAAAUCAACUGAGGCAGUGACUUUAUCAUAGUUCUUUGUUUCAAAAUAGCAAGCUCAGAUGAUUGGAUCAGUCAUUUUUAAUGAAGAACAUUCUUCAUUUGAUAAAAAUAACUGGUACUUUAUUUCCAAUGUAAUUUUAAAGCUAUUUCAUUGGUUAGGUACAACAAAGUGAAUUGUAAAUCCAUUUUUCUGGAUGGAGCUGUGAGCCUGAUUUAAGGUCAUGUGAAGAAAGAGUUUGAGUUUGUCCCUUAGAACUAAAAGUAUCACACAGACGGGAUUUCCUCACAAACCAGGGUGCCAUUUUCAGCUGACAGAAACUUCUGGUUGAGAAUAAAGAAGAUUGAGUAAAGAUAGCACUCAUAAUUGUGUGGAGCAAUAGAGUCAUUACCAUACUGUGUCUAUGGAUAUGAAGACAUGUGAUCUUAAUGGUGUGAAAAAUCUAACAAGCCUGGGACAAGCUAAUGGGGGGGGGGGGGAAAA